AUGGAGGGCUGCUGUCCUGCUCUUCCCAGGACUGCAGCAGCUGGAAGUGGGUNUUGUGGGAAAAGUUUCAGUCGGAAUUCCCACCUUGUGCUACACCAGAGGAGUCACACAGGAGAGAAACCAUAUGAGUGUCUGGAUUGUGGAAAAAGUUUCAGUCGGAAUUCUGGCCUGGUGAUACACCGGAGAACUCACACUGGAGAGAAACCUUAUGAGUGUCUGGAUUGUGGGAAAAAAUUCAACCGUAGUUCCCACUUGGCGAUACACCAGAGGACUCACACAGGAGAGAAACCGUUUGAGUGUUUGGAAUGCAGGAAAACUUUCAGUCGGAAUUCUGAGCUGGUGAUACACCAGAGGACUCACACGGGAGAGAAACCAUAUGAGUGUCCGGAUUGUGGGAAAGGCUUCAGUCAGAAUUCCCAUCUGGUAGUACACCAUAGGACUCACACAGGAGAAAAACCGUAUGAGUGUCCAGAGUGUGGGAAAGGUUUCAGUACUAGAUCUAAACUUAUAAAUCAUUUAGGCUUACAUACAGGGGAGAAACCUUUCAGAUGUCCAGAGUGUGGACGGUGCUUCAAGAAACGGUCGGCCCUCCUCACCCACGACCGGACUCACACGGGAGAAAAACCCUACAAAUGCCCAGAAUGCGGGAACAGCUUCAGCUUCAAGAAACGGUCGGCCCUCCUCACCCACGACCGGACUCACACGGGAGAAAAACCCUACAAAUGCCCAGAAUGCGGGAACAGCUUCAGUAACAAAUCCAGCCUAACGAGACACAAGAGGAAACACACCGGAGAAAAGCCGUUCUGUUGCUUAAACUGUGGGAAACGUUUCAGCCAGAGCUCGAGCUUAAUCAGGCACAUGAGGAAUCACACCGGCCUGAGGCCCUACAUAUGCUCAGAUUGCGGCAAAAGCUUCAAGCAGAGCUCCAGUCUUCUAGUCCAUGGGAGAACGCAUACGGGAGAGACCCCCUAUAGUUGCUCCAUCUGUGGGAAGCGCUUCUCCCAGAGCUCAAAUCUGGUGAAACACGAGAGGAUCCACACUGGGGAAAAGCCUUACAGAUGCUCGGACUGUGGGAACACCUUCAGUAACAAAUCUAGCCUUACAAGACAUAAGAGAAACCACACAGGGCAGAAACCCUACAAAUGUUCCCAGUGUGGGAAAAAAUUCAAACAAAGCUCAGGCCUUCUUAAGCAUGAGAGAAUCCAUACACGGCCCAGCUUCUCACAAUAUCCUCAUCCUAGCUUGGAUCCGGAUUCUAAGCUGCCUGCAUGUGAGAGAGACCAUGUUGGAGAGGCCGUAUAA